AUGGGAGGUGUUCCUGGGUGUCGGGCUGCGAUGCAAAACGGGGUAUUCAUCUUUCUGGCAGAGUCUCCCAUGCUGAGAAUGAGUCCGGAGUUUCCAUCAAGAAGCCUAGCUAAGAGUAAACCAACACAAAGACCCACCACCAACCUGGUAUCAGAGUUGCGUGGUGGGAAAUCUCCCUCUGAUCCACAAGGGCUGCCACUGUCUGUCGUGGUGACGACUUGGGCCAGACUUUGGUCAGGCUGUCCUCGGGAUUCCAGAGAACCACAAUGGCUUAUGCGUUGUUAUCACCUCUAUCGUUUCACCGACGCCCGAACCGGUCGAAUGGAAGUGUUCCCUUUAUGGAAAAACGAAAUUGGUGAUUACUAG